CACCUUCCAUCCGGUGGAUGUCACCGUGUUCACCGGGCCAGCGCUGGGGCCUGUGCUCCCUCCGCUGCUGUGAGCAGUGUGUCGACCUGAUUCGGCCUCUCUCGCCUCCCGCCGCAUGUUCUCCCUGCAGCCUGUCAUCUUCCAGGAGAGAAUCCGACCUGCUCACUCCGUUCCUAGGACUCACUUCAGGGCCUUCCCUGGCCUGGUGCUGCAGGACCCGUGAGUGCAGAGCUCUGUCCUUGUGUCUCUGCGUGGCCCAGCCCCCUGUGUGGCUGUCAGUCCUCACUGUACUCCUUCUGCCAAACGCCCUCUGCGCCUGGCUGGCGCUGCUUCUCCCGGAAAACUGCUCUGGAGCCCUCUUCACCCAGCCUCCCGGAAGUCAUAAUCGCACUUCCGAUUUCAGCUGCAGCCUCUCUCUCCGGGCAGCCUUGACCCACCUCGUAGCCGAGUCCAGCCCGGCACUGGAGGGGGACGCAAAUGCCACCUUUGACACAGUGCUGUGCCUUCUACUCCGCCUCCUGGCCCUUCCUCUCUGCAGCAGGCAUCACCACGGAGUUCAGUGCUCCUCGCUGCAGACCACACUGGCUGUCGACGUCUCCUCCUCCUCCUCGUCCUCCUCGUCGUCCCGCCGCGCUUCCCUCUCACUCCGAACUGGACUUCCUGGACCCUCGACUGUGGGCUCUCUCACCUCAGGCCAGGGUCUUCUGGAAGAUGGGGUCCGUACCAUGAUCAGUUCCUGCGCCUUCUCCUGACUCCAUGCUGUCAGUAUAAAGGAUGCUGUGGUAAGGUUUCUUAAUCAAGGCUACAGCAUUCUAUAGGAUAAUGUAAACAGAAUAGCUAAGGUCUGUAGUUUUCUUUAUUUUUCACAUAUGAAAUAGAUUCCAAUUAAAUUUCUGAAAGCAGUAAUAACAACCAAUAAUGUCACAAAAAUUCUUGAGUGCUUGUCAUGCCUUCAAACAAAAGAUUGCACAAUUGUUUGAAGUCAGCUUUUCUUUGGAGACUGCAAACAUGUGCAUGACUGUGUUAGCAGAGGUCUCAGAACCUAGUCUGACUCCAUCCUUAGUAUUAACUGGUGAGAGUGCACAGGUGAAAGACACAAGAUUAAUAAUUCCUAUUCGAAGCUGUGUUUGAGACUUCAGGGAGAAUUCUGUGAGCACCACCGAAUUUGGACCACGGCUGAGACCCGUUUUGAGCUGGUGUUUUGUGAGCCCUGUGUGCCGAGCAGACAGAAUAUCAUGAUCACGCGUGACAUCGGCUGCAUGAUUUAUGUCUCCCAUACACAGAAGGGAAAGGAGACACUGAUAGAAGAAAUGAGAUCUGGUUCUUAUUGAUGAGGAAGCAUAACUUAUGGGCUAAAUAUUGGAGAUUUUCUCACGUUAAGGCUUCCACCCAAGAAAAGAGCUUGUGUCAGAGCUGAGAGCCAGUACAAGGCAGAGACAGAUGUGUUUCUCCUGGUGUUGAUAGACCAAGACAGAUAAGGGGAGGAUUCGAAGGUCAGGAAAAUGUUUGGGCUUUCUCAGUCAAGAUUUGGAGAGCAAAAGCAAUAUUAAACACACGAGAUACAAAUUUACUUCAGAGAUAGAAAUUCAUCAAAGGCUGAGCUCUCCUGUCAUUAUAUAGCACCAUGAAAAAAUAGCACAUGUGUGUGUGACACACACACACGCACACACAAGUAUGUUAAAGCCCAAGGAACUCAACUUUUGGAAACAAUUUUAGAACAGUGUUAAAAAAUAAGUUCAGUAACUCUCUGGCCAGCCCUUCAUUGUUUUUGCUAUACCCUGAAGUUCUUUGAGUGGAGUUUGAAUGUUCCUAUAGGAAAGGCUGACCUGCUGCCUUGCCAGGCCUCAUGAACCUGUGCAAGACCACUGCUCAACACAGAGGGGUUUUGACCACAUUUCAGCUCCUUGGGCUCUGGAGUCUGCUUCCAGCUGUCCCUCCCUGGGAAGACCAACACCAAGGACCAAGAGAAGGUCUUCCUGAGGUGCCUCCUUCCCCCUGGGCACAGAGCUGUGCUAGAUGACCCAGUCAGCCUUUCCUAGCUCUGAUUUCCAUGAUCCUACAAAUAUCAUCACCCACGACAAGAAACAGAUGCCGCCUGCGGGGGGGCAGUGACCUCGGCUGCAUCUCUCCAGCAGCCCACGUGGAGGGAGCCUGGUUGCCACCUCCCCCGCCAGCUCCCCACUUGGUGGCAGCUGAUGGAUAUUUAUAGUACUCUUCCCCAGCCUGCCAAUUAUAAUUAUCAAUAUCUCCACUGAUACAAAAAAAGGAAACAUCAUCCGAGCUGGGCACAGUGUGUGAUAAGCCAACUUUGAGCUGAAACAUGAAAACAGCUUCUUCCGAUUAUGCACAAAAGAGAGGUGCACUGAGUGGCAGGGCUGGCAUCUGAGCUGUGCCCCUGUGGCUGCCAGGGACAACUUCCACCUCCCUGGACGUGUGUUUGUGGGUGAAAAGCAAGGUGGAGGUAACCAGGGGUGCUCACAGACAGAGCCACCUCUACUGUACGGAGCAAGAGUUGCUUUAAAUAUAAUAAAUAAAAGUGAAGUCUUCCACAAGGCAGCGCGGAUCGGUAAUUGCUGUUUUGGAACUCACGUCCCCGCAGUUAUCUAACUCAGCGUUUCAUCUCCAGCUGCAGCACAAUUUUUGCCAAAUAUAGAUAAAUGAAGUUAAAGUUAUUGGCAGCCGCAAGUUCUGUGUCCCUGUUUUGAGUUAUAGAUUUCAUAGGAAUGGCAUCACUACUUCUGGGGCAGACGAUUGUUCUCCAGGAGCGAGAACUUCCCAGAUGGCCCAGGCUCCAGGCGGUGGACUGAGGCUGGGGUUUGCCUAGGAGGGGCCUGCAUGGGGCUGGGUUAGGGCUGCUCUCGGCUGUGGGUCAGCUGGAAUACCGAGACCAAGGGAAGACAGGUUCUCAGCUGAAUGGAGUCUUUGGGAAACACCUUCCAGAGAUCCCUCAAUCCCAGACAGGCCCAGGUAGUGCAGCUCAAGCCCACUGCUCUUCCGCAGCUCACCUGUGGAAACCCACAGCUCGUCACCUGCCGGACUGCUUGCUUCUCUCCUCUUAUUUCUGAUGAGAGGCAAGGUUAUAACAUCCCCUGGGAGGCUGGCUCUCCAGAUGACUGAGCCAGGAGGUGCUGGUCGGUGCCCUUGGGAGCCACAGCCAACUGGGCACGGCUUCCGUUCCUCUUCCAAGGUUGACGCCGGGGCUUCCUGCUUGCUCCCCUUUGUUUAGAUGUGAAACAUAGUCUUCCCAGAUCCACUGCCUGCUGCCCGCUGGUGAGGAACACAGAGGAGGCUGUUUCUGGGCCGUGUGAGCACAUGCACGUCUGGCAGCCCCGUGUCUCCUGCACCUGAACACACAUCUCCUGCAUCCUGGCUCCUUAUCAUCCUGCAGCUCUGUUGCUAUGGAAAAACACUUUCUAGAACUUAGUGUAGUCACAAGUUAGGGCAGUUUUGAAGGGAGAACAGUGUGUAAGUCAGACACCGUCACACACACGUGCGCGUGUGCACACGCACACCCGUUGGCCUUUAAGUAAACCAGGAGCUGCCUCUUACUUGGAUUCAAAGUCAAUGUUCCAUCCCAGGAAUAACCUUUCCCACGUGCCUCUGCUCAGUGACCUCUCCCUAUGUGAUACUCGAGCAAAGUCGCAAGUUAUUUUUCCUCCUCUUCUUUCCCUUCUGUUCAUUGUUCUUUGGGUGAUGUUUCCUUUUUUUGUAUCAGUGGAGAUACUGAUAAUUAUAAUUGCCAGGUAGAGGACCGUAUAUGCCAAAAGCUACCCUAGCUUCCUUCCCUCUUCCCUUUCUUCCUUCCUCCUGCUCCUUCAUUCCUUCUCCCUUCCUCUUUCCUUCAGAAAAAAAAUCGAGAUAUAAUUCACGUAACUUCAAAUUAGCCCCAGACCACCUUUCCAGGGCCCCGUCCAGGCGUUUGCUGUGUCCACAGUAUCUUCGCUGACCCUUCUCCUGGCUCAGAGAUAUUCUCAGCAGCCCGGAGGGCCCCUGGCCCACCCUGUGGUCAGGCACCCUCCCCAGCCCUGCCCAGCACCCUCACACUGUAAGUUGGAAACUCUUCCUUUCAGUCCUUCCAUCUGGUUUUAAUUUCUCCCGCGGUGACCGGCAUUUAAUAUGCAUCAGCUCACGGCCUCCUCACAGCAGCACGACCAGGAGCAACUGCUUAGUUCCUUCUCAACAGGUGGACUCGAGGCAGAGGGUGGCGAGGUUGUCACACAGUCCCAUGGCAGGAGGCAACACAGCUGGAUGCCAGCCCGCAUGGCUGCCUUCUCCGGUGCUUGACUUGGAGCCCGGUCUUUAGCCUGGCCAGCUCCCUUCCUCUCCCGCUGCCGUCUGUUGGACACAGGUCUUGGCACUGCUGCUCUCUGUCCCUGCUUUGUUUCCUGCCUCGCUCUGGUUUUGUUCUCUAGCUUCCUGCGACAUCAGGCCACAGUGCUGAAGACGGUGUUAUGAUUUCCAGGACGUCUUGCAGGGACGGAAGGUGUAACUUCUCUGCUCUGGAUAGUCUUUUUGGCUCAACUCUGAACUCUUUGGUAAAAGUAGACCUUUCCAAAGCUCUCUGGGACUUGGAGCAAAACUGGGAAUUUUGUUAGUGAGAAACAAGCAAAGUGGCAGAGAGGAGGGUGACUUCUGGAUUUUUCACUUUCUCACCACUGGGAUGAAAAAGGAUUAAGAUGUGUUAUGGCUGUGUACCAACUCC